GAUAUUCUCAUUCGGAGGCUUUAGGCUUACUUGAAUUCGACGAUCUGGUUUGCUCCUCCUUUUCCUUGAAUAGGUUAAGAUUGUCUCACGAGAGUGUUCGACCAACGACUCUACUUGAAAUUGUGAUCGAAUUUUUUCGUAAAUUGAAUAAGCCGCCAUGUUUCUUUUCGAUUGGUUCUACGGCGUCCUGGCUUCCCUCGGUCUCUGGCAAAAAGAAGCCAAGAUUCUCUUCUUAGGGCUCGAUAAUGCCGGAAAGACUACUUUACUUCACAUGUUGAAAGACGAGAGAUUGGUCCAACAUCAGCCAACACAAUAUCCUACUUCAGAAGAACUUAGCAUCGGGAAUAUUAAGUUCAAGGCAUUUGAUUUGGGAGGUCACCAGAUUGCUCGCAGAGUUUGGAAGGAUUACUAUGCCAAGGUGGAUGCUGUGGUUUACCUUGUUGAUGCCUACGACAAAGAGAGGUUUGCAGAAUCAAAGAAGGAGCUGGAUGCUCUCCUUUCUGAUGAGGCCCUGGCUAAUGUUCCAUUUCUGAUUUUGGGCAACAAGAUAGACAUACCAUAUGCUGCUUCGGAGGAGGAGUUGCGGUAUCACCUUGGCCUCACCAACUUCACCACUGGCAAGGGGAAGGUGAACCUGGCAGACUCAAAUGUCCGUCCAUUGGAGGUCUUCAUGUGCAGUAUUGUACGCAAAAUGGGUUAUGGUGAUGGCUUCAAGUGGCUCUCGCAAUACAUUAAGUAGGGAAAUUGUCAGAGGUGUAAAACAGAUCCCCGGCAUAGCCCAACCUCGUUGCAACCCUCUUGAAAGUUGUGUAUUCAUCUUCAUGUUUGAUCUAAGUCUUUAUAUGGGCUUGAAAUUCGAUCUAUUGUGCUAUGGAUCUGUGUGGAAGGACUUAAGGAGGUAGUAAUAUCGUUAUUCUGUAAAAUUUGCCUGUGGCAUCUCAAGUCUUUCUCUGCCACUGUAGUUUGUUGAUCAACAUUGCCCUACCAUGUCAUAUUUCUUUCAUUUAGAGUAAGGAGGUAGAAAUUUCUAUUGCAAAUACUUUGUGGACUUGCGAAACGCUGUGCAUGGAAUGUCAUUUUAGGGAUGUGUUCUGGUACC